CAAACCGCAAACCGCAAACCGCGAACUGCUGGGUAGCUGUAGCUGGUAACCUGAACCUUUCUUCCAUGUACCUACCUACAUAGCAUAGCUUACCUAGCAGACUGCAUACUUCUUUUGGAAAGCCCAUCAUUUCCCUUCAGCUUCUCACCCAUUCCAUUCCACGCGGGGGGCAGUUGAUUCAUACAUAAUCUUCAUCCAUACAUUCAAACUUACAUCCAUCCAUCCAUCCAUACAUCCAUACAUCCAUACAUCCAAACUUACAUCAAUUUCGCCAUCCUCCUCCUCACAACUUCGGUGCGUCUGUAACUUUUACCGUACUGUAUCACACACUCUUUUCCUAUUACUACUACCACUGCCAGAUACCACUAGGUACCACACACACAUAUUUUCAGAACAUUCAAUUCAACCACUCCAUAUUCAAUUCUUUCAAUUCUUUCCCUUUUUACGUAUCUUUCGAGAAUAAGCAAAAAGAAUUCGUACUAUAUUACAUACAUUACAUUUUACCCCUUCGACCAAACGAGAAGAAAAAAAACCUUCACAAUUACUAUUACUUUCGAAACAUUGAAAAAGAAAGAACUUCUAUCAUCUGGACUUUUAGUGUUUAUUUACUUGCCCGUUGACUUGGGUGUUUUGGAGCAAUUCCACCCCCCAAACCCCCAUUCCUUCUGAAGAACUCUCCACACACACACCCGCUACCACACCCUCUCUUACUUUCAACCUCCCUCACCACCCAAAACGAUAAAUUCCGCUUGGUAUGGAAUCCUUACGAUGCUCAUGAGGUUCUUGACGAUUACGAAUUUUCCUCCGUUACUUCUUCUCCUUCUUGGCAGUGGUGAGCAAUAGUGAAAGAUGAAGACCAUUCCCAGUGUAAGUCCCAUCCACAUUCUUGAAUUAAAUGAUAUCUUAUGCUUCCUCGUUCGACUUCAGCCAUUGGUCUCCCUGCAUAAGUCUCGACAUCCUGAUAAUGUUUCUUCAUACCCUUGAAGUUACAAUUUUCAAAACUAAUAAUUAUUUCUCCUUUUUAUAGCUUGUUGCUUCAAGUACCGUCGGUGUCGCAGCUGCUGGCCUGGCAUUGGGAAGACCAGACCAUUCGACUCCUCCCUCUCGCACUUCUUCGAAGAAAAGGAAACCUAGAGAUAUUGUUACAGAUGUGGACGAUUCUUCUAAUUUAGGUACACCGUCUACCGUUUCAAGACCCCCUACGAGUUCUACGAUGGCUACUCCAGAAAGUCGCAAUGCUCCUGAUGCGACCGGUCUCUCAUCUACCCCUACCUCGCAAACCUUGACAACAUUCCUGCGACGUCCCUCAAAUGCGAGACUCGACUCUCCCACAACAUCGCAAAAUGGCGCUGCGCGAAGAUGGUCACUUCUUCGAUCGGGGGAUGGGCACAAUGAGGUUUCGGGGGAAGAAGUUGUUAGGGAUUCUGCCUCCUCUCGCGGCUCCUGGAUUCGGAAGUUAUCUCUGCCAAUAUCGGGAAAUAGUAGUCCUAGAUCAAGUAUUGCACCAGAAUCGCCUUCUCUUACAUUCUCCAAUGGAUCUGCGGCACCUAUACUGUCACCCCCUCGGGACAGUCCGACACAACAACCUCCGAACAAACUGGUAAAGAGACAAACGUCGGAAAGGAAUCGCAGUGGGACAGUUUCGAGUGGGUCAAAGUCGCAGGUACCGACCUUACGGAGACCAGCUACCAGUCAUCAGCGUUCGGUUACGCUGCAGCAGCGAUUCAUAGAAGAUGCUCCAGGAACGAAUACACAAGCGCGUCCCACUGCCCUAAGGCGGUCAACGGUAUCCACACAAGGUACGCCAUUAAGGAAAUUCACUGAAUCACCGCGCAGCUCAUGGCGGAUGUAUUUCAAGUCUCGACCAACCAAAUUUUCCUUUGAAAGAUCCACUGGGGGAUCAGGAGAUGGGAAUGUGCAUAACUUUCUCUGGACCUCAAAACGAGUUAUGCCAGAUCAUACAGUUAGACCGACUUUGGUAAAACCACACCUAAUCACUGUGUCGACUGAAGAAAUGGAAGGGUAUUACGACGAAGAAGGCGUUCCUUGCGAUGAGCCAAUUGAUCAAAGUACCAUGGAAGAACCUCCAAGCUCACCUCUGGAAGACGAAGACGAUUUGGAAGAUCGUAAACCCUUAAGGCGGUCACUCUCUAUGCACUUCAGCUCACCCACAUGGAUAUCUAGGACAGGAAGUUUGAAGAAUAAAAAACGUAGCACAGAGAAUACACAGGCUGGCAGGCGCCAUGUGUCAGCACCUCUUCCAUUGAAUACGGGAAGGCUGUCUGUUUCUGCCAAUGGUCCAACCCCAUACCACUGUCGACUUGCCAUGGAUCAAAUGGUUUUCCAGAGAGAGCCUCGCUCUCCAAUCGAAGAUUUUUCCCCGGUAUCGCCAAUGGAUCCUUUUACCCAUUUCAAUUACGCUCCACGAAGAAACACAUCUUCGCCAUUGCCACCUCUCAAUCGGCUAUCAACUUUUAACCUCGAUCUGGCUCGUUUGGGCAUGCCAUCGUCCUCAUCGUCAGCCCCGCUUCGAAGUCCUAGUUCACCUCUACCAAUGUCUAAGGCUGCUGCAACCUCUUUUUCUUCUGCGGUUCCUGGAUCAACAAAUUGUUCAUCGCCAUAUUACGGUACCUUGAGUUCGAAACAUGGCAUGUCAGAAUUGGGAGACCGAGCUUCGACCUUGAUUGGUUCAGAUAAUGAGAUGAGGGGGUUCGCUUCUGGCGAAGAUGAAGAUAUGGAUUUCCAAAGUGAGACAGUGUAUGAUUCACUUAGGUCGGGAGCCACAAGCAGUUUACGUUCACAAAAUACGCCUCUUGACUCAAUGUUUGACGAGUCUCCCCCGACUAACGCAAGUGUCAACUGCCAUGCAAAGACAAAGAGACUUUCAAUUCACGAUCUGAUGGCUAAUGGAGUCUUUGGUGAGGCUGAACACCGUAUUAUCGAGGAAGAUGAAAACCAAGCAACGCCGGUAAAAGUUACAAAGAUUUCUGUCGAGGUGGCCAUGAACAAAUCGGCACGUUUUGUAGACGCAGAUGAGACUAUUCCCGCCUCGCCGCCCAGUUUUUCUAUCGCUUCAAAAGAACUCGCCACACUUACCUUGGAUAAUGAUGAUGAGGAUGAGGAUUGGACUCGAGAUGAAGAUAAUGAAAACAUGGAAGCUAGAAACCAGCUUUCACCACCCAAUGGCUUGGCAGUUCGUCGGGUCAGUCCAAUAGCCCGAGGAGCACUUGUAGAAGCUACCUAUAGUGGUUCCACGAACGGUAAUCAUUAUGCUGAACGACCCAAGAGCAAUUUAUUCGAUUGGUCUGAACCAUCUACAUCGGAGAAAGAUCUACUGGGAAGUUCCUCUCGACCUAGGACAGCACAUGUGAAACAUCUUGCCCUCAACGGACGAGGCGGACGAACUGUCGGGCGGAAAGGCCCCACACCAUUGCAUAUUAGGAGUCAAAGUGUUCCUGUAGUUCCGGAUCUCAACAAUCAGCGCGACCACACGAAAUUGACACCGAAAUUCGGUACCUGGGGUUUGGGUGCGAAAGGGGUUAGUGAGGACUGGGAUAAUGAUUUCGAAUUCGAAUCUAAUGAUGAAGGUGGCCUUGAGGACGGUAAUGAUAAUAUUGAGAACAGCGUCAUGUUCGUGCCUCCAGCGAUCCAAGCAAGCCAGGCCAAUGUCGUUGGUCAUGUUGGCCAGAUUCGAGAAGUCUGUUUGCUCGUCGAAGAUCUCAAGAGGUUACGUCUUUUGGCUCGGGACAAGGACUUAAUAAAUGGACCAUCGGCACAGUUGUGGAAGGAAGCUGAAGGAAUUAUUGCCCUAGCUGUGCCAGAUGAAGAGGAUCCUACUUUAUCACCUCCCCAUUCUCCUAUAUCUAUCUCCGUCAGUCACGACUUUAACGACAAAUUCAUCGAUCGUGGCACGGGCAGCGACGAUGUCGCUAUCCCAGAUGUACCCGUGGAGGUUUUGAACCGUUUUGGCAAACCAUCCGGACACAUUUAUGACGGUAGUACUGUUCGACGACGUUCGGUAUUUUCACCCGAUGAUGAUAUCUUUGGAGCUGGGUCUGUCAUUCAUAACCCUCCCACUAGAGAUGGUUUGCGUCCUCCGUUGGCUCCUAUUCGUUCUUCAAGUGCAAAGACUGCAGCUGAGGUUGCUCGGACGGUCAUGGAAACGAUGCAUCAGCACCGCUCUACUUCGGAUCCUUUGCUUUCAGACAUGGCUGAGCAAUCUUCAAACAAAAUGCCGUUUGACACAACCAGUCUACGUGACUUGGUUCAUCGUGCCUCUGUUUUGAGUCGAAAACUGGCCGACAUCAUUCGCGAAACCGACGGCACGAUCCAAAGUCCAGUGUCUACACCCCAUCGCGAGUCCAGCCCGGCCUUCACUCGCGUAUUCACAGACCCAAUGUCAUCCCCUCCAAAACACCUUCCUCGAAGUCAUAGCAACAACUCUAUGCUGAGCGGCUCGAUUGAUUCUUCACCAACAAGAAGUUUGGGUCAACGAAUGCAUAUGAUGACUGUUGUAUAACACAUACCGUUCCACCACAUAAAAUAAGUGUUUCAAUUAGAAGAUUUCUUCUCGCCGACACGACUUCUUGUACAUACACAGGGUCGAUUAAUACUGGUCUUAAUUUCAUUUCUGCAUAGCGACGGGUUCAAGCUUCCAUAAAACGUUCUAUUAUUCACAUUUUCCUUGCUACUGGCAUACAUUUCCUGGACCUUUUUGCCAACCAGAGAAUGCUCCUUCUAAUGGCACGCCCCUUUCAUACCACAGCAUUCAUCAAUUAGCAUAUGUCAUUUUAUUAUGAAUGCAUUGAAGACAUAAAUUCUACGACGAAUCAAAAUAUCAUAAUGUUUUUCUUUUACUCUUUUUGCUGCAUCUACAAAUGCAUCAACGGAUUCUCACAAAUAUCCACAUCAACACAUCAACACGAAAAGCCGAAUGAACCGCCGGAAAGUGAGCCAAAUUCUCGUUCCAAGGUUUCUGUGGAAUGUGUCUUUUUCUCAUUUCUUCCUGGGUAUUUCCUCUAAUUCCUUCACUUCACUUUCACCCCUAAUUUUCGGCGAUAAACAUCAAUGGACAAACACAGCAGUGUACCUUUGGCGGCGUUAAGGAUACAGAUAAGAGAGUUAGUGACCCUGUAUGAACAUGUUAUAUCAGUGUACGAAAUGAUGAGGAAGAUCAGAUGAGAUGAGAAGAGUUAGGUGGCUCUUUCUGAAGCAGGCUUUGUUUGAGUCAAGGGUUUUCUUUUCUUUUACGUAAUUUUUUUAUUUUUUUUGCGAGGAAUUUCUAUGCAUUGCAAGUCUUCGAUGGUUAUGGUUCUUGGUAUUUGAGAUAGGAGCAAAAAGCGGGGAGUUCAGGCCUUUUUUUUAACUCUUUUGCUUUGUGGAAUUGGAAAGGAAUUGAGGGAGCUAUGGGUGGGCGUCGAAAGAUUGAAUAGGGAAUCAGAGUGUGUGGAUAUUGGGUAGUAAAGUAGGCAUUGUGAUAAGGGCAAGAUGGACUGGACAUGAGGUAUUUGUUAAACCCAUGAUGUAUAUGUUCUAUGCAUGUUGAGAGUUCGGAAAUAAAAGGAACCUUGGGGAAAAUCACAAAAGGGGAUUAGAGGGAAAUGAAACAGAUAGCUGUUGAGCAUAAAAGGAAUAGGAUGAGAAAGAGUAUCAAAUAUAUUAAAGCUCUAAAGUAGCUUACUGAAGCUGUUUA